GUAUUUGUUGCAGAUCUAUCAACUAUUUCUUCCAAACUUCUACUUUUCUAUCGUCAUGGCAUUGAGACUGAAUUUGAUGUAGAAUUCUGAGUACACACUUUUUUACAUAUAUAAAUUAGUUCGGAUUGAUAUGAAUCCUUUUUUUAUGAGUGCGCUGCUUGCCAAGGUGCUGUGAAACGAAUCACUAGUUGUACAUAGCCAUAGCUGCAUGUUGAAACCUUGAGUUGGGUGUGGGUGUGGGUGUGGGUGUGGGGGUGGGGGUGGAACAAGCGGCCUGCUAGGAAUGUGUUCCCCUCAAGUGAACUUUGGAACCAAAAAGAAAAGAAAAAAAAAAUACAUGUUUUCGUUACGCCCAACAUUUUUGCAUUUAUAUGACGGGAACCUAGCAUCUUUCACACUUUUGCAUCCUGAAUCUCUUUCAAGAGGUAGAAAAACUCAGGCUCAGAGCCAGAAACGGAAUUGUGCAAUACUGACUGAGGGUCUGAGUUGUCAGUGAUAAAACUUCUUUCCUUCAAGUUACAAAGUGUCACUGUGAGGAAUAACAGAACUUACUUCAGUUUACUCGCGAUGGAAGGCUCACCCACAAUCGAAUCGGGAGGAAACAAAUAUUCCCCUAAUGAGGAGAGUCAAGCGCAGUCACAGAAAGGGAGAAGAACGAGUUGUAUAGUGAUCGCUGCAGUAGUUAUUGGCUGCCUUUUGGUUGUUGCCCUUGUUCUCGGGGUUUAUUUUGGAUUGAAAGGAUCUGAUGAAAGCUCCCAGCCAGAAUCUCAAGUACGAGGUCACCAGAACGGAACCAGAUGGAAUGAUCUCAGUGUGUCCCGUGGAGAGGACAGAGGUUCGUCAAAGACAACGACUAUGCUGUGGUGUUGCUCUAUGACGUCAACGGCUACAUCGCGGGCAUCCAGACCUCGAUCCCUAACAAUGGGAGCUCCGGCUACCCUUCGGCCAGCGUGCAGCCUCCCUUUGUAACAGACGGGGAUCGUUACACCAUCUCUGCAUACUUCGUGAACCCCUGCCGCCAUUACUGGUAUGACGUAAGAAGAGACAUGAGCUGCGACAGUCUCUUCCCCGUUUUCCUCCUCUACAACUGGGGUCGACUUACAGCCUUCGGGUGGGCCAUGGUCACCGACCUCAGCUCACUGAGAUAUGAACACCCUUCUGCGGCAGUACUACAGGCAUUCAUCAAGGAGCCACCGACGUGCCUAUUCCAGAUGAAAGCAAUAUCUACCAUGCACAUUUACCUCAUUGACGAUGCUCAUCUGAGUCCAUGCUAACAGAAAGACGACAGACACAUAGAUAACAAGAAAGUCAGACAUGGGGACGGACGGACGGACCGACGGGCGGACAGACAGACAAACAGACAGACAGACAGACAGACAGACAGACAGACAGACUGACAGACAGACAGACAGACAGACAGACAGACAGACAGACAGACAGACAGACAGACUUUUAUUUCAGUUUCAAGACUUUUGCUAGAGCUGCAGAUUGGCUGUUUCCUAGACGGAACAUUUGGUCAAGAAGUUGUUAUAAAAAAAUUAAAGAACUGAAAAAAAAACCCAAGACAGAGACGAUAGCAAAGUAAACAUUUAUCGUGAUCUUCUGAGCAAUCAAUAACACGGAUGGUGCUGGAACAGUCCCUGUAACGUUGGUCAUCAUAGAAAGCAUCCCACAUCACAGUAUUUUUUUCUACAAAAUAAAACCAGAUGAUAAAUUACGA